AUGGCGAUCGUCACUCUACACGAUGCAAAGCCCAUGCAGGUCACCUACCUGGGCGGGUACAUUUUUCUCUCCUACGUGAUCAGUUCGAUGGGAUGUGCGACAACACUUGAGCUUCUACAUCGGCGAACGUCGAGGUCAGGGUUCUAUAAUUGGUAUCUUCUUCUAACAUCCUCUAUCACCAUGGGCGGUAUCGGUAUCUGGUGCAUGCAUUUUAUCGGUAAUCGUGCGAUUGUGCUCGGGAGUGGUGAGCAGGAGGCCCAAAUCCUCUACAACGUCGCAUUCACCGGCACCUCCUUUGUGCUUCCCGUCAUGGUCCUUCUCACAGCCUUUUACUCCGUCGGCGUGCAAGAGAAAGCCGGCUACAUUCGCAUCUCUUUGGGUGGCUUGUUGACCGGAAGUUCCGUAUGCGGCAUGCAUUACGUGGGUCAAUUGGGAAUUGCCAACUAUAGGUGUUCCUAUGCGGUGGCCAACGUCGUGGGAUCCGCUAUCAUUGCCGUGUUCUCGAGUACAUUGGCCCUGGGGAUCUUCUUUCGAUGGCGAGCAACCUGGACCGAUAGCUGGUGGCGCAGAGGAAUUUGCGCCUGCUUUCUGUCGGCGGCCGUCUCGGGCAUGCAUUGGACGGCGUCCCUUGGCACCAGCUACAAGGAGCGCAACAAGUCCAUCAAUCCGGGCACCCAGCUUUCACGCAGUCAGGUCGUCAUUAUCUGCGCCGUUCUGGCUUGUGUCUCCUGCCUGAUUCUCUCGGCCUGCGCGAUUGUGGCAGGAGGAAAUCGCCGACGAUCCACCACGCGUGCGCAUCAGCUGGUUCUCGCUUGCGCCUACUUUGACCCAGCGGGGCGUGUGAUGGUCACUCCUCAGGCGUUUCUUCCGACGAAAAAGAUUGUUGAUCAUUACAUCGGCAGGACCUUCAAAGACGACGAUUUGACUCGUACUCAUCCUACCUUCCUCUGGGCUUUCAGGGCGAGUCGCAACUGGGCUGUGGUCAAAGAUCUCAUCCCCUUCAUGCGCAAUCGUCUCGCCUCGGAACAACAGGCCAUUCAGAAGCAUGUCUUGUCCCGCGGUGCCGUCAUGGACAAGGAGACCGAGUUGCAGACCGAUUUUGACACUCUGUUCAAGCAACUGUUCUGCGUUUCUGCCCAAGAGCUGGCCGAGGAACUGCGCCUGCCUCUGGCGGACUUGGGCACCCUCUAUGACAGCGUUCUCUCCACUGCCAUCCCCGUCUCUCGCUUCUCUCGUGCAAUGGGUCGUUCCUCACUCCGCACGGGUAAAGGCCAGUUGAUGUUCACGGUGCGACAGCUGCAGAAGCACGAGGCUUCUCGUUUCUCUGCUCUCGGUUUCCGCUUUGCGACGGUGGAAAAUGUCACCUCGGCGCUAUCCCGCCGUAUCCACGUGCCCGAAAUGACACUGGUGGAACAUCUUCGUGACAUGCGGGACUAUGCCAGCUCAAGUCGCGGCUUUGGCGAAGGUGUGCAUCUCAUCUCAUAUGUCAUGCGCCCAACGGUCCAAGACCAUUUUGAGAUUCUCACUACCAAGGGAACCGGGAACCCGCUUCCAUCCUCAACGCUCUCCAUCAAACGUCUAACCAUCCAGCAUCUCGACCUGAUUUCCCGCAUGGACGGAUGGUCCAUGGUGCGAUGCAUCAAAUAUCUGCAAUCAAAAGCCGCCAACCAAUCUGAUCCCGGUAUGGAAGUCUUCCGUGAGAACUUGGUGCAGGGUAUCACCUCGCUCGCGCAGGCUUUCCCAGAGGAGAUGCGUUCAAUAGCCACAUUCUCUGCACGACCUCUCGUGGCUCCAUGCCGUUCGGCUCUCCGACGAUCCGAGGAGAAUCACCUCGCCUCUCAAUGCACCCUUCUUGCCUUCUGCGUCGUCGCCCCUCUCGACACUCAAGUCCCCAACCCCGACUUUACCUUCACUCCCUUCCGUCUGUUCCGUGUACAGCAACAGGUGAACGACGCCCUCGCCGACCGAGCUGGAUUCUCACGCGAGUUGAACCAGGAAUUCUUUUGCACCGACGUCCGCUCCAGCGCCUCCAUCAGCGAAUCCGACCUCAAGUCCUCCCCUCGUUCUGCAGUCUCCAAAUUCUGGCCAUACCGCAAACGCGCCUCUUCUGGUGCAAACAACUCACAAGAGUCGCUCGUCGAGGUCCCCAGCACCGUCAUCGGCGACAUUACUGUGCAGAAGGAGGUUCGUGUCGACGUUACGCGGCUUGCGGAAAAUGUCGCGCAGAACCCUGUCCACUCCCAUGAUGCGGUCAUUGCUGCCGGGGAUGCAGUCACCACGCCUGCAACGUACGUCGAUGAAUUGUACAGUCUUUGUUAUGCGCCUGCCAUUCGCUUGCGGCCAAGUGGAUCAAUGCAUGCCAUGAAGGCAGGUCGAAGGUCUGACUCGAUUUGA